AUGAGGAAACAGGCACACACAGGGAGGGCGGCGGCCGCGCAACCCGGGAGACGCCGGAAGUGGUGCGCCGCGGGCCGUGACGGCUGCAGUGCGACCGCCGCACCGCUAGGGGCCAGCGCGGGCACCCGGAGGAGUCCGAGACAGAGAGCGAGAUACCGAUUCGUGCGGAUCGUGGACGCGGAGCAUCCCGGAGUACGGCGUCAGCAUCCAGAGGUGACCCUGAGAUCCAACCUGGCCAAGCUGACGCUGGAUCCUGCACGCCAGCCAGAGGAGACCCCAGCCCCCAACCUGGCUGAGCUGACCCUGGAGCCUGUGCAUUGCCGACCUGAGCUCCUGGAUGCCUGUGCCGACCUCAUCAAUGAGCAGUGGCCCCGCAGCCGCGCCUCCCGCCUGCACUCCCUGGGCCAGUCCUCAGACGCCUUCCCCCUCUGCUUGAUGCUGCUGAGCCCCUGUCCCACGCCCGAGGCAGCCCCCAUUGUGGUGGGCCAUGCCCGCCUGUCACGGGUGCUGGACCGGCCCCAGAGCCUCCUAGUGGAGACAGUGGUGGUGGCCCGGGCCCUGAGGGGCCGUGGCUUUGGCCGCCGCCUCAUGGAGGGCCUGGAGGCCUUUGCUCACGCCCGGGGCUUCCGCCGGCUACACCUCACCACCCACGACCAGCUACACUUUUAUGCCCACCUGGGCUACCAGCUGGGUGAGCCUGUGCAGGGCCUGGUCUUCACCAGCCGGCGGCUGCCCACCACCCUGCUCAAUGCCUUCCCCAGGGUUCCCUUUCCCCGGCCACCUGUCAAGGCCCCUAGCCUGACUGCCCAAGCUGCCCUAAGAGCCCCAAAGGAGCCAUCAUUGCCACCACCCCCUCCCCUGCCUGAGCCCUUGACCGCCUUACCCCGACCUCCAGCAGGGCCCCCUCCACAAAGCCUGCUGGAAACACAAUACCACGACCUGAGAGGAUGCCCUGUAUUCUGGAUGGAAAAAGACAUCUGAGGACUACCCAGUGCAAGACACUGUCUUUCCGGGUCAGUUGACUGCCCAGGACAGUACCAGCCUCAGCCCACUGGCCAUCCUCAGCUUCUAGGCCCUGGGGGCAGCUUUAGCCUGGGCACAUUUCCCAAGUGCCAGUGGGGCCAGGAGAUGGCUCCAUGGCUGUAGCUCAGAGCUCUCAGUGUGGCUGAAUAAAGGCUUCUCUUGGGUGUGGCUGUGACAGUGUAUUUGUUGACCCUCACCCCCACUUCCCAGCCUUGUCUUAGGUCCCCUAUGCCUGCAGGAGCCCCCAGAUCCACCUUGGCCUUAGGGCCAUGGAUGGAGGGACAUUUACCCUUUGCUCCCCUCACUCUACCAGGCCCAGGGGACAGGGUUUCUGUUUCCUUCCACAUUCACUCACUCAUCAUUAUUUACUGAGCACCUGCUGUGUGUCAGGCCCUGGAUUGGGCACAGGCAGUGGGGAACUGGACAGACAGGCUCUGGACCCAAGGGACAGGGCAGGCAUACAGUGGCAGGAUCCAUGCUGAGUCAGUCGGAGCUCAAGUGCCCUCAUUCCACUUGGAGAUCAGACCUAGGUGAUGGCACAGCAGAGAUCUGAGUGCUGAGUAGGGAUUAAGCCAGGCAGGGUAGGAGCUGAGUGUUCUUGGGGCAGGAAACAAGAUGGGCAGAGGAAAGAGGGGACUUGUGAGAGCUGUGGAUGGGGGAGAUGUCAGAGGGCACAGUGUUGUCAUGACAGAAAUGGACAACAUGGAAGGGUACCUGCCCAGGCCAUCUUGAGCUGUGAGAAGCCCAUGUGACCCCCUUGGGAACCAUGCUCUUCCCACCUUCCUUCCUUGUGGGGAGGAGCUGGAGAAAUCUUCCCACUUUCUCUGUUGAGCAGAAGGUAUGGCCAUGGCCAUGGACUCUAAACUCACACUC